AAAUAAUAAAAUAAUAAUUCCGCCAUGGCUAAAGCUUUCGUGCUCUUCUCGCUCUCUCUGUUCUUUUUCCAUGCAUGUACGGCCCAGCUCGAGCUGCCUCAGCAGCGGUUCUGGCAGGGCCUGGAGCAAGGUCAGCAGCACCGCCUCCGCGCCAAGACUCAGUGCCGCAUCGACCAACUCACCGCCAGUGAGCCGAGUUACACCUACGACUCGGAGGCCGGCGUCACUGAGUUCUGGGACUCCAACGCCAACGAGUUCGAGUGCGCCGGCAUUCAAUUCGUCCGCCACGUCAUCCAGCCCAAGGGCCUCUUGCUUCCUUACUACACAAAUACCCCUCAACUCGUCUACAUUAUCAAAGGAAGUGGAAUCCAUGGGACUGUGAUUCCGGGAUGUGCGGAGACAUACGAAUCGGAAUCAAGCUACGAAGAAGGCGGCAGCCAGAGUAAGGGGAGGAGGAGCGACCGCCACCAGAAGCUCCGGCGGUUCCGCAGCGGAGAUAUCCUUGCUCUGCCGCAGGGCAUCACCCACUGGGCUUACAACGACGGCGACACCCCAAUUAUCAGCGUCUCCAUCCUCGACGUGGCCAACGAAGGCAACCAGCUGGAUCUGAACUUCAGGAAAUUCUUCUUGGCCGGAAGCUCACGAGAAGGCGGGCAGAGCGAGGAGGGAGGCCGCCGCCGCCAGGAGGGAGGAAGCCGCCGCGGCCGCGAGGAGGAAGGUGAGCGUGGUCAGCGGAUGAGGAACAUCUUCAACGGAUUCGACGAGGAGAUACUGGCGGAGAUUUUCAACGUGGAUUCGGAGAUCGUGAGGAAGUUGCAGGCGAAGGAGGACAACCGGGGUUUCAUCGUCAGGGCGGAGAAGCUCGAUCUGGUGUUGCCGGAGUGGGGGAGAGAGGAGCAGCAGAGAGGAGAGAGAAGAAGGGAAGGCGGCGGCGGAUACAACAAUGGGAUUGAGGAAACUCUGUGCUCGAUGAAGAUAAGGCAGAACAUCGGCCACCCAACUAGGGCCGACGAGUACAACCCACGCGGCGGCCGCCUGACCUCACUCAACAGCCAGACUCUCCCCAUCCUCAGCUUCCUCCGCCUCAGCGCCGAGAGAGGUGUUCUUUACAAGAACGCAAUAAUGGCACCUCACUGGAGCACAAACGCCCACACCGCAAUGUACGUGACGAAGGGAAGCGCGAGAAUCCAAGUCGUCGGUAACCAAGGCAAGUCGGUGUUCGACGACGAAGUGAACAAGGGCCAGCUUCUGAUCAUUCCUCAGAACUUUGUGGUCGUGAAGAGAGCAACCGGAGACGAAGGGUUCGAGUGGAUCGCGUUCAAGACCAACGACAACGCCAUGAACAGCCAGCUGGCGGGGCGGCUAUCUGCCCUGCGCGGCAUGCCGGAGGAGGUUCUGAUGAACUCGUACGGAAUAUCGAGGAAGGAUGCUAAGAACUUGAAGUACAACAGGGACGAAGCUACCUUGUUCAGCCCUGGAUCUAGGUCUGGAGGAGGAUAUGCUUAAGAAAGAAUAUGCCUUUUGUAAGCAGUGUUGGUUUUUGGUUUUUGUAAAGGUUUUGUAAUAAUAAGAGAAAAAAUGUAUGAAUGGAUCUCCUCGGAGAUGGUGUUUCUACGUGUUUUUUGUAAUAAUAAAACCAUUUAAAUUUUGUUGAAUGAUUUCAGGGUUU